CACCAAAUCAAACGAAAUUCGGACGAUGUUCUCUGUGUAGAUCGCGCUCGUGCCGGCCACUCUAUCGAUACGUGGAAAGCGUGCGUGCGUGCGGUGCCUCUCUCCCGUCGUGUACCGCAUACAACCAACAUGUCAACUUACUCCUGAGUUCCGCCACGCGAUUAAUACACACACGAGGCAUUUCUAAUUCAACCAAGUUCGAGCGCCGGCACGAACCGAUCCGAGAACCGUGUGCGGGUCGUACAAACGGGCGCGCAUAUACCGUCGUAACCGCGAUUCAUACGUCUGACGAUUCACGACCAGUUAUCGUACCGUGAGCACCAUGAGCGCAAAUCAGGCACCAGUGAAAUUGAGAAAUGGAGUGGUGAAACAGGUGACAUCUGGAGACACUGUUGUUAUCCGUGGACAGCCUAUGGGAGGUCCUCCACCUGAAAUAACAGUCACUCUGUGCAAUAUCACUGCUCCAAAAUUGGAACGUUGGAAAGGAAACGACAGCACGGAUGAGACAAAAGAUGAACUGUACGCAUGGGAAGCCAGAGAAUUCUUACGCAGAAAACUCAUUGGUCAAGAUGUCACCUUUGCCACUGAGAAGUCUGUUAACACAGCCAGGACGUAUGGCACUGUCUGGCUAGGAAAAGACAGGAAUGGCGAGAACGUGAUCGAGACUUUAGUGUCUGAAGGUCUGGUGACUGUAAAAAAAGAUAAUCGUAAUCCUACUGCAGAGCAGACGCGGUUGAUCGAAUUGGAGAACAUGGCAAAAGCCGCGAAGAAAGGGAAAUGGGCUGAUUCACCAGCUUCCGAGCAUAUAAGAGAUAUCAAGUGGACUGUCGAUGAUCCUCGGAAAUUGGUCGAGAAGUUUGGCAAGAAACCGAUCAAAGCUGUAAUCGAGUUCGUCUUCGAUGGUUCUACUGUCAAGGCUUUCCUCUUGCCUGAUUUUUACAACAUAACAUUAAUGAUUUCGGGUGUUCGCUGCCCAGGCUGGCCGAAUGGACGCCGUGAGAAUUCUGUAGGCGAUCCUUAUGCGGACGAAGCCAGAUAUUUCGUGGAAUCGCGACUCUUACAUAGGGACGUCGAGAUAGUGCUGGAGUCGGUCAACAAUAACAAUUUCAUCGGCAGCAUUAUUCAUCCCAAGGGAAACAUCGCUGAAAUCCUGUUGAGCGAGGGUUUUGCCAAAUGCCAGGAUUGGUCAAUUGUUAACAGCAGAUCCGGCGCAGAGAAAUUGUAUCUGGCUGAGAAAGCCGCGAAGGAAGCACGUUUGCGUUUAUGGAAAGACUACAAACCAUCUGGUCCACAGAUCGAAUUUACCGGUACCGUCGUCGAGAUUAUUAACGCAGAUGCGCUCAUUAUCCGGACGCAAAAUGGCGACAACAAGAAGGUAUUUCUGAGCAGUAUUCGACCUCCCUCUCGAGAGAAGAAAAAUAUCGAGGACAGCAAUAAUACUGCUCGACCGAAAGACUUCAGACCUCUCUACGAUAUACCGUGGAUGUUAGAAGCGCGAGAGUUCUUGCGCGAGAAAUUCAUCAGGAAGAACGUAAAAGUGGUGGUUGAUUAUACUCAGCCGGCUAGAGACAAUUUCCCAGAGAAAUUGUGUUGCACGGUUACCUGCGGUAAAACGAAUAUCGCAGAGGCAUUAGUUGCACGAGGCCUGGCGCGAGUGAUCAAGUACAGACAAAACGAUGACCAGCGUUCUUCGCAUUAUAAUCUCCUGCAAGUCGCUGAGAGUAAAGCGGAAAAGUCGCAACACGGGCUGCAUGCAAAGAAGGACAUUCCAGUUCACAGAAUAGUGGAUCUCUCGAACGAUCCCUCGAAGGCGAAGGCGUUCUUGACAUCUCUCAAGCGUGCACAGGGAAUCAGAGCUGUCGUGGAGUUUGUAACGAGCGGCUCGCGUCUGAAACUCUUUCUUCCAAAGGAAGACUAUGUUAUCACGUUUGUGUUGGCUGGAAUAAGAACUCCGCGCUGUCAGAGAACAUUGCCUGGCGGCGGGGUAGUGAAGGCCGACGAAUAUGGCGAGAAAGCUCUAGCCUUCACUAAGGAGCACUGCUUCCAACGGGACGUAGAGAUUAAGAUCGAGAACACAGAAACGAAAUUGAGCGGUUUCAUCGGUUGGUUAACUGUGAACGACAUCAAUAUGUCCGUUGCUCUGGUUGAGGAAGGUCUCGCCGAAGUGGUAAAUUUCCAAGAUUCUGGCGAGCUUACGAGGACCCUUAAAGCCGCGGAGGAACGCGCGAAAACGAAGAUGCUGAAUAUUUGGAAGAACCGCGUGGAAGCGCCGGUCGAGAGCGACAAGAUCGUGGACGAGAAGGAAGGACAGGAGCGGAAGAUCGACUAUCAGAAGGUAGUGAUUUCCGAAGUUACUGACGAUCUUCACUUCUAUGCUCAGAGCGUCGAUCAAGGGAGCAUGCUGGAAAACUUAAUGCUGCAGCUGCGCCAAGAACUGGCGGCCAAUCCGCCGCUUAUUGGCGGUUAUAAGCCGACUAGAGGCGAUUUGGCGGUCGCGAGAUUCACAGGCGAUGAUCAGUGGUAUCGCGUGAAAACAGAAAAGGUUUCCGGCACUAACGUUAGCGUGUUCUACAUCGAUUACGGUAAUAGGGAAACCGUCCACGUUACGCGAGUCGCCGAUUUGCCCGCGCGCUUCGCGACCGACAAACCGUAUGCCCACGAGUAUGGGCUCGCGUGCGUGACACUUCCGAGCGACACCGACGACAAGAGGGCGGCGGUAAAGGCAUUCAAGGAAGAUGUAUUGGACGAAAUUCUGCUUCUGAAUGUAGAAUACAAACUGAGUAAUAAUGUGACUGCUGUUACGCUGGCACAUGCCAACACAAACUACGAUAUCGGAAAGGGACUGAUUUCUGAUGGAUUUGUGCAUGUUCAGAAGCAUCGGGACAGGAGGCUGACGAAAUUGAUCGAGGAAUACAAGAAGGCUGAAGAAGAGGCGAAGAAUAAUCAUCGCAACAUUUGGAUGUACGGAGAUGUACGGCCGGAGGACGACGACAAGGAAUUCGGAUUGUAACUGAAUUAAGUGCUCAAACAUGGAAUUAAGCAUAAUCGAUAACCAGGGAAAAACAAGACGUGGAAAGGUGGAAGAAUAGGCGUGUUAAAAGCAAACGAUUACAUAAGAAUUAUUAUGAUGAAUUAUGCUACAUAGGUGAUUAAGAAUGGUGAGUGUCGAUGCGAGAGCUACAUGUUGCACACAUUAGACGCAAUACAAUUAUAUAUUUCAAUAUAUAAAGAGAAUUGUACAUAACGAUUUUAAUUUCUGUAAUACAAUGAAUAUAAAACGUGCACGCGGAAUAGUACUCGAAACGAGACUACGCGACAUAGACAUUACAUGUAUUCUCAUCGACAUGAACAUUCGUUAUUACUCGGUGCCACAAAUGCAAAUUGUUUGGUGACCCGACACUCUUGACCUGUACGAAGCCCUCAAUGUGCAAUUCAAUGUGUCAAUCAUACUAGAUAUAUUAAUUAUUUGCUUUUCCUAUAUAUUGGAUGAACAAUAAUCAUGUUAUUAAUGCGUGCUACUUUUCAAGUUUUUACAUGGGUGAUGAUAGCUAUAGGAUUUGUAAUCGCGAAUUUAAUCAGAGGCACUGGUAGUUAAACGCGGAAAUAGGGAGAACGUUCAUAUCAAGCAGAGAGUAUCGGGAUAUUUUCAAUCAAAGCUAUACAAUGGCACAGUUUCAUCCGGUAUAAAGGUUUCCAUCCCUAAGUAUGAGUGUGUGUGCGUGCGUGUGUGCGGAUAAUAUAAUGCAUAAUACAAGCAUGAUACAAUGGGGGUACAAUAAUAAUAAUGCAAAGGAAAAUGCUGUCUGCUGUGUCAAAGGAUAUGCCGUCUUUAUUGUGACUCUACCGUCUUUUUUCCGACGAAUUUCACGUUAUACGCGUGUAUGUUGUAUUCGUAACAAGUUUGAUAUUAAUGUACUUACAAGAAAUUAUUUAUGCAGUUAUACAGAUCUGUCUUACGAAUUGCAUUACAAUUAUGAAAUUUAAAUGUUCAGGAUUUAUUUGCGAUGAACAAAUGUUAUCUAUCGUGUGUUCGGGUGAAGUAAACUCACAGUUGUUAUACGAUAUGAGAAAACAAGAAACGCAGUAGCAUUAUGAUGCCAAGUACAUAAAAAACUACAUUAUUCUGUGCACCGAAGAAUAAGUCCGUAUAUUUGUUUCGGUAGAUUCAGCAUUAUAAUUAACUGUAAUUUUAAUUAACGAUCUUUAUACCAUAUAUAUUGUAUCCAAAAUUGUUUCCUACUUCUUCCUUUAAACGUUUUGCGACUAAAAGCUUUUACUUGCAGUACUUUGUUGACAUUAUAUCACAUCUCAUUGACACAAUUUACCGACGUAAUUUUGUAAGUAAAGUAUCGGAUAAACCUAUAAUUGCAUUAUCCUAUUGGAUAAUCGAUACAUUAUAUGUGUACACACAUUGUAGGAUCAAAAAAAGAAUAAAUAAGAAAGACUUGUUUUAAUUACUUAUAAA